UACUAGUACAAGGGUUCAACUGUCUCAACUUCCGCUGCACUGCUCCAAGUCUCAAGUCUCUACAGCUGGGACUUAGUCUCUGCAAAAGAUCCUAAGGGCUUUUUCUCAGCCCAACAGUAGGCAUGCCAUGCUGGGGCUAGCAGCAGCUUGUUGCUGGGCACCAACACCCACUGGUCCUACCUAGUGAUCAACCAACAUCAACCACCAAAAUUCAGCACGAUCGCAUGACCAUGGUCGCAUGUCAUUAAGCCAUCCCUUCCUAACAUGCAGUGCUGCCGCUGCCUUGCAUGUCGCAGAGGGCAGCGCCCUGGUGAAUUAGACCAGGUACUUGGCGACGAUGGCGUCGCUCUUCGCCCUGAUCGCCUCUGGCACCGUCGCCAGCACGUCGUCAAGCGCGCUCACCGCCACUGCCGCCUGUUUCGACAUGCGCGCGCGCCCGUCCGCCUGGUUCAGCCGCAGCAGUGUGUCCAGCCCGCUCAGCGCAUCCAGACACCGCUCCGCCGCCGCGCUCGCCACUGCGCCGGCCUCGGGACUGCCAGGGAAAUAGCCGUCCCCUCCCGGCGUAUAAGCCAGCCCCGCUGCCGCGCCUUCCGCCGCGUACCUCGUGAUGGCGCGGAGGUCCCCGCGGAGAGUUCCCGCGGGCCCCGCGCGCAGGAGGGCGCGCGCCUGGUUGAGGUCUUCGGGGGUAGAGGCCUGGUCGUCGACGACGGCCUGCACGAGGAGCAGCUGCUCGCGCGUGAGCAACACGGACGGCACGAACGACUCCAGCGGCUCCAGCUUCUUCUUCUUAAUGUACCGGCUCAGACCGCGCUGUAACGCGCUCGGCGAGUCGCCGUCAGCUGCGGCGGCUGGGGGGGGGGGAAGAAGAAUGCUGUCCCCGGAGCCGCAAACCACGGAGGCGAAGGCCCCCAAGGCAAUCAGCGUUUGGCGGCGGGAUGCCGUGAUAGCCGAUGGGGACUCAUCGGCGUGAGCCGAGUCUGAUCCUCGUCGCGAGCCGGCCGGAGAUUGGACGGCGAGAGCAGGAGAUCGGUCGGAGGCAUCAGCGAGCGAGGCGGACGUGCGCCUCGCGACCUUAGUGGCGACGCAGCGAGCGCGGGGAGUGCAAGUACGAAGCGGCUGGUUGGCCAGGAAGGGACCGCGUGGCAAGCGCCACGCGAGCGCCGUGGAUGGCGCGUGGGCGAGCAUUAUUGCAGAGCAGGGGCGCGUGAAGGAGGAGGCUCGUGGGGAAAAUGAACUGACACGUGGCGCUAUUUGCGGGGGCAGUGGGCCUUGAUGCUGAUUCCUUGAUCUCAUCACCUUCACAAAUACGGACGUGUUUUCCGUUCAAACACUCAUGCUGUACAUGCAUGUAGAUGGCUCCUAAUCUCUAUUUAUAUUAUCUUGGUCAAAGGCUAGAUGACAUGCGUUUGUUACUAAAGUAUGGCACGGAACACAAAUCGUGGAAUAAUGGAAUAAAAACGGG